AUGGAUUAUCAUGUGGGUGAUGAAGUCGACUUUUUAGGUAUGAAAUCUAUCAUAAAGUACAUAGGCCCGCAUGCAAAAAAGCCCGGAACAUGGAUUGGCGUUGAAUUACCAAAGCCAAAAGGAAAAAACAAUGGAACUAUUCAAGGAAAGAAGUAUUUUGAGUGUGAGGAGAAUCACGGUGUAUUUGUUCAAGAAGAGGUUUUCCUUGGUGCUAUGGAAAGAUCAAAACAACAAGCGCUUGCAAGAAAUCAAUUAUUCAAAAAUAAAUCUGAACCGACAUCCCCAUCAACAAAUGUCACACCUACAAAGAGUGAUGAUAAACAAAAGCAAACGCCAAGUACUCAGCCUCCUACUGCAACAAAUCCAGAAAAAACAAUCAAAGAUUCACCCCCUCAGCCAGAAAAAUUAAUGAAUAGCUCAUCAACUGAAUCACUCUCUGAGUUAUUCCCUCUUUAUGAGCAAAUAGAUAAAGCUAAAUCCGAGUUUGACCAUUUAAAGCUAAAAUAUAACUCAGAGAAACAAAAAUACGACCAAGCGAGCUCUCAAUUAACUACUAUUGAGAAAAAUUUCAAAGAUUUGUGUACUAAUUUCCAAAACCAACUUGAACAAAAGCUAGAUUCGAUCGCUCUUGAAGGUUUGAAGCAGAAAAUCGAAAUCGAAGAUCAACUAUACAAGAAUCUUCUCAAAGAAGAAGAAUUACAAAAGAUUACAAUGAUGACGGCUUCAAGAAUCGAAAUUGAAUCUUUAGAACAAAUUUCAGAGCAGCACAAGUCAUUUGAAGCAAGUUUACUUGAGAUAUCCAAAGAAUUUGCUAAAAAUCUCGAUAGAAAUACAAAAAUUAAAAAAGAUCUCGAUAAAAAAUUAAAUUUUUAUCAAACUGAGAUCCAAAAAUGCAUUGACCAAGAGAAUUCAGCUCUAGAUACAUUACAGCACUACCAAACACAGAUAGAUGGCAAUACUCCUGCUUUAAUGCAAUCAAAGAAUUUAAAUAUCCAAUUAGAACAACUUUCCAAUUCAAUCAAGGCCAGUAACCAAUCAAAUACUAUUUUAUCUGCUCAAAAUGAGGAAAUUAAGAACUUUAUCCCUUUGAUACAAGAUGUUACAAAAGAAUCUUUUAUUCCGGUAUUAAUUUGUAAGCGGUUACAGAAGAAAAUACCUUUACUCCCUGUUCAGAACGAAAUUACUGAGCAAUUGUUGCAUUUUUGCCAAAUUGCGAUAUUAUUUUUGAGUUCUGAUAUUUUAGAAGCAAACAAUAUGCAUUUGUUGAUCACUGAACUCGAAAAAAUUGAAAAUUCUAUUUCAAAUUUCGAAAUUCCAAAAAUUGAUAUCGAAACCUUGCAAAUGCUGCUUCAAAAGUACACACAGCAUGCAAUAAGCCAAGCUGUAACUUCCAAUUUGAUAUUAUCAUAUGCGUACAAGGUAAAAGACUUGAAUUUGAAAAGUGAUCUCAGACAAUUGGCCAAAUUAGUGCAUGGAGUCAUUCAUCCUCUUACUAUUCCGAAGUAUCGUGAUGAAUGCGACUCGUUGGCCAUAGAAUUAAGAGAUGCACUGAGAAAAGCAGAAAAAGGAGAAAAUGUUCAAAUUUCUCAUCUCGAAAACAAGAUUUCGCUUCUUCAGUUAUCUUCUGUAGCUAUUCCUAGUUAUGAUUUCAUUAAAUCAUCAAAAUCAGAUGAUAAACAAGAAAAAUUAGUUUUUGUAGAGCAUGAAAUGAUGCCAGAGCUUAGAAGGAGAAUGAGAGAUGCAGAAGCUCUUUGUAAGACUUAUGCAAAUCAUAUAAACUCCAUCAAAAAUCAACUUAAUGAAAAUUAA